UUCCGGAUUGUAAUGGCGACUUCCAUACGUUUAGCAGACACGUGUGUAUUCUGAGAAUGAAUAAAUCGGCGAUAUGCCCGAUACUAGUUGUCAUUAUAGUGUAAUAACAUAUAGGCCUAAAAUAAGAGAUAAUGGGGAAAAGCAAAGCGAAGAAGUUCAAGUCAAGUAAGCCCCAGCCCACUGGCUUACCUAGUGUGAAAGAUUGUGAAGCUGCUCUUGAUCUGGAAACUGCAAAAUCCAUUGCCUCGAAUUCUACAAUCCAGAAUCUAGUGGAGAAGGUGUAUUGGUAAAUGUUAAGAGUGCUGAACUCACUACAGCGCCCGGUAAUCUUGUGGCUCACAUUCUGACCUCUGUAUCACAUGUGUUGGAUUUUAACGCUUUAGAGGACUUCACAGCCACUCUAGUUGGACCAAAAGAGGUUAUGUCAAACGAGGAGGCACAGAAAGAUGACACUCCAACAGGAAGUGUAAAUAGUGAAGAAAAAAGCUGUGUUAAAAACAAGCUACAGGACAUAGAACAUUUUAUAGCAGCGCAGAUGAUUGCCUUAGAAAUAGCUGCCAAUCUUUGUUGUAUAGAAGAUUCCUGGGAGGAUAUGGACAGCAGUGAGUCAGAUGACCAAAUCGCUGAUGGUGACAUGGAGGAGGAGACCAUGGACGAUAACUUGUUUUCGCCCCUAUGUGUUUCAUCGGAAAUUCAAGGUGCAAUAUUAAGUAACGAGAUAUUUAGUAAGGUGCUGAAGAAGGCUGAGCCUUGUAUUCUGCCAGACAGUGCCACCAGUCCGAGUGAGCUUCAGAAAAACUUGGUUAAAAGGUUUCAGAACCUGGAAGUGCAUGCCCUACUUUGUAUAAAUAACCUGGUCAGCUCCAUGGAGCUUGAAGCCUUAGGAGGUCUGGACAACCUUCAUACUGUGUGGCAAGGGCUAGUACAGCUGACUGCUACCAAACAUGACGGAGAUCGUAAAGAUCUUUUGGAAGCUGUUACCAGUGCUAUGCGAGCCGUUAUACAGAAGCUGGCUGAGAAUGAAUCUUCAAAGCUGUUAGAGGUGACGGAGCAGGACUUACAGUUUCUGUACGAGAUGGGACAACAUGGCACCAGUCCAGAUAUCCGGGUCAAUGCAGUAAGAAUCGUAGCCACAUUUGGGGCCCACUUUGCCAAAAACAAGGAGCCACACCCCAUGCUAAUGAACUUGGGCAUGUUCCUGCUGGAGGUGGCGUGUCGAGACGGUGAACUUUGGGUUGUAGCUGAAUCCCUGGAUGCCAUCUUUGAUGUGUUUGGAGAGGAUCACCUCAAUAAUAUUCUGUCUGAGAUCCGACUCCUGGACAGACUACGACAGCUCCUACCCGUGCUCAAAUCUAAGAUGAAGACUAAUAGGAAAGACUUAGGGGAACAUCUACCUGUGAUUUCAACUGCCAAAACUAAUCUCAUACGCUUCAUAAAGUACAAGUCCUCUCUGUGAUGUCCUAGAUGAGAUAUUGUACCGGUCCUGUGUGGUGUCCUCGGAUACAGGUCCUCUCUGUGAUGUCCUAGAUGAGAUAUAUUGUACCAGUCCUGUGUGGUGUCCUCGGAUACAGGUCCUCUCUGUGAUGUCCUAGAUGAGAUAUUGUACCGGUCCUGUGUGAUGUCCUCGGAUACAAGUCCUCUCUGGGACAUUCUAGAUGAGAUAUUGUACCGGUCACAUGUGAUGUUCUCAGAUACAGGUCCUCUCUGUGAUGUCCUAGAUGAGAUAUUGUACCAGUCCUGUGUGGUGUCCUCAGAUACAGGUCCUCUCUGUGAUGUCCUAGAUGAGAUAUUGUACCGGUCACAUGUGAUGUCCUCAGAUACAGGUCCUCUCUGUGAUGUCCUCGGAUACAGGUCCUCUCUGUGAUGUCCUCGGAUACAGGUCCUCUCUGUGAUGUCCUCGGAUACAGGUCCUCUCUGUGAUGUCCUCGGAUACAGGUCCUCUCUGUGAUGUCCUCGGAUACAGGUCCUCUCUGUGAUGUCCUCGGAUACAGGUCCUCUCUGUGAUGUCCUCGGAUACAGGUCCUCUCUGUGAUGUCCUCGGAUACAGGUCCUCUCUGUGAUGUCCUCGGAUACAGGUCCUCUCUGUGAUGUCCUCGGAUACAGGUCCUCUCUGUGAUGUCCUCGGAUACAGGUCCUCUCUGUGAUGUCCUCGGAUACAGGUCCUCUGUGUGAUGUCCUCGGAUACAGGUCCUCUCUGUGAUGUCCUCGGAUACAGGUCCUCUCUGUGAUGUCCUCGGAUACAGGUCCUCUCUGUGAUGUCCUCGGAUACAGGUCCUCUCUGUGAUGUCCUCGGAUACAGGUCCUCUCUGUGAUGUCCUCGGAUACAGGUCCUCUCUGUGAUGUCCUCGGAUACAGGUCCUCUGUGUGAUGUCCUCGGAUACAGGUCCUCUCUGUGAUGUCCUCGGAUACAGGUCCUCUCUGUGAUGUCCUCAGAUACAGGUCCUCUCUGUGAUGUCCUCGGAUACAGGUCCUCUCUGUGAUGUCCUCGGAUACAGGUCCUCUGUGUGAUGUCCUCGGAUACAGGUCCUCUCUGUGAUGUCCUCGGAUACAGGUCCUCUCUGUGAUGUCCUCGGAUACAGGUCCUCUCUGUGAUGUCCUCAGAUACAGGUCCUCUCUGUGAUGUCCUCAGAUACAGGUCCUCUCUGUGAUGUCCUCGGAUACAGGUCCUCUCUGUGAUGUCCUCGGAUACAGGUCCUCUCUGUGAUGUCCUCGGAUACAGGUCCUCUCUGUGAUGUCCUCGGAUGCAGGUCCUCUCUGGGAUGUCCUCGGAUACAGGUCCUCUCUGGGACAUUCUAGAGGACAUCAUUUGUAUAAGUCAUCAACAACCCUGCUGUAAUUGUCAAUUCUUUAUAUGAUAAACCUAAAAACAAACUUUAAGAACCUGGUGCUGCAGAUUUUAAUUGAAUUCGUUCUCUGUUAGCAGUUAUGUUUUAGGUGUGGUGUAAUAAGGAUAUAGAGAGUUUUUAACAGUGGUGAGAUCAUCUCGGGGGGGGGGGGGGGGGGGGGCUUGAUCUUUUGAUGUGGUUUGUUCCCAGAUUGAUGACUUUUUUAUCAGGUAUUUAAAUUUUUGCCAUUUCCCAUCCCUCAUGUCUGUGAAGCCAAUUAAACUUGCACACUAUUUCCUGUUUUGUAGAAAGUAUUUAAAAAAGAAAGAUGAAUUGAUUUAGAAAGGAAUUAUGGGGUUAGGUUUUUGUUAUGUUCAGGGUUGUAAAACUUGAAUAAUACUUUGAAAAGUUAGACUUAAGUUUGUGGAUCUUUUUAGUUUUCAGAAUGAAACUUGGAUCUGAUGUCAGGACCAUCUUCGUUCUAGAUCUGUUACAGUGUCAUUGAGUUACUUUGUUUCUUAUAACUUUGUAUAAAACAAUGUCAUUGUAACAUCUUAUAGAUAUCAGUUUUGAAAUUGUUAGGAAAUAUACACAUAUAAAAGAAUCAUUGUUUUAAAAUAUAUUUGGUUGAAGGUAGAUUUUUUUUUAUUUGUGCAAAUUAAAUUUUCUUUAGUUAGCAAUAUUUUGUUAUGUUAUGAUGGUAUUAUAUUUGAAUUCAUUAUUGAGUUAAAAGAAUAAAGCUAAUUUGAUGGUAUGAAAUAUUUUAUAAUCAUUAAAAUAUUUUUAAUUCACA